AUGUCUGACUGUAAAAACGUCGAUAAUCAUCCCGAAAAGGAUGCAAUGGAUGCCCCUGAUUCCAAUUUAGCAGUAACGUCAAGUGAAGUGUCCAGUGUUGUUGGAAGUGUUAAAAAUAAUAAGCAUUCUACAUCAUCAGAACGGCAGAUUAAGUUUGAACGGGCCCAAAAGUGUCUGGAGAAUGCUGCGCUUGUAUCCAAGCGUAUUAAGGAGCAUAGAAAAGCAACAGCAGAACUUUUGGGAAGACCUUUUGAUGAUGAUGUCACAGACACUGCUUCUGAAAUGGCAUCCACCAUGAGUGAAAGGACUGGAUAUUCUGCAGCAACUGAAACUUCUACAACUUUGUCUGUUCAAGAUGCUUUAAACAUUCCUGGUAUAAGUGAAAGUUUGGCAAAUACGCUAAAACAAAAAGAACUAUUAAUGGAAAGAAUAAAACAAUAUAAGGAGAUCAGUAAAAGGCCCAUUAAAAAAUCUACACCUAUUAAGUCGGAGUCACUAGCAGAUACUUCCAUGCAAGAUGUGAAAAAGGACGCUGAUGCUACAGAUUUUACUAGUUUAAUAAACAGAAUUAAAGAGAAAGAUAACAUGUUAAGUAUAUUGCAAGUAAAAAUGAAGGCAAUGGAAACAACAAUAUUAGAUUUACAAGAGAAAAUUAAUGAAAAGGAUCAGAUAAUUGAAGCUAAAAACAAAGCUACUACAUUAAUAUCAGAUAGCUUAAGUAAAAAAGAAAAGGAUACACUUGAUUUGCUUGAAGAUACUCGACAGCAAAUGACAAAAAUGCAAUCAAACUUUAUAGCAAUGGAAAGUGAGUGGAAAGCUGAAAAACAAAAAUUACUUGAAGAAAUUGAUGAAAAGGAUGAAAAAAUUAAAAGUCUUGAAGAAGCUAACUUAAUACUGGAAAAUUCACGUUUUGAAGUCAGUGUCGCACAUUCAAAAUUAGCAGAAGAAUUAGAAUCCAAAAAUAAAGAAAUACUGCAGCUACAAGAACGAAUAGAGGCCAUUACGCACAAAAGUGUACAAGAAUUAUCUGCUGAUGAGGGAGCUGAUAAAGAUGUUGAUGAAGAAAAAGGUACUCGUGAAAUUACUAACAUGAUGGAACUAACAAAAAAGAUUGAAUUAUUGGAGCAGAUAAACUGUCAAAUGAGACAAACUAAUAAAGAAUUAGAGAUUCAACUUGCUUCUAUGAGUCUUGAGCAAAAAUCAAGUUCUCCUAGUAAAAAAGCAAGCCCCCAUUCAACUCGAAAAGGAGGUAGAAGUACUGCGUCUAAAACUAAAUCUCCCUGGAGUAAUUUAUCCAUUGAUCCAGUGCAUCCAGAAACCGAAAAGUCAAAUGUUAAGAGUGACACAGUUAAACAUGAAAUGGUAGUGCAGUCCCUCAACAAAGAUAUUUUGGAUAAAGAGUAUUUAAUAUCGCAAAAAGAUGACUUAAUAUCUAAGCUAAAAUUAGAAAUUGAUGAGCAGUCAAGUACUAUUAAUAAAUUAGAAAUUAAAAUGAAAACCCAAAAUUCUGAUGCUAAUAAGGUGCACGUUGGUGUUUGUACUGAAGCACAAGACAUUUUAGUACAACUUCCUAUUAAAACUUCUGCAGAAGAAAGCAGAGGACCCCACAUAGAAUCACUGGAUGAAAACAUUAUAGAAGAUGUCAAUACCCUUCAAGAAAAAUUAAAAUCAGCCCAAAAUCAAAUUGACUCACUUAACGAAGAAAUAAAUAUAGCCAAUAAAAGCAUGAUAAAAGUUAAGUCAAAUUAUAAAAUGAAAUUAAAACAAAUGCAAAAAACUAUUGAUAACUUUAGCAAAGUAUCAGAUGCUAAUGCUGAAAUAGUAAAGCUUAAUGAGGAAUUACAUCAGUUGUCACAGAAGGUUGCAGAGUUGGAGGAAGAAAAGGGAAACCUUCAGCUACAUCUUGUUGAUUAUGAUAGCGGUAGAUUGACAGAAUCGGAAGUUUAUAAAAAGUUGGUGGAAAUAGAGAAUUUGGCAGAGUCAAGGCUUAAAUCCAUAACUUUAUUAGAGACACAAAAAUUUGAACUAGUUCAAGAAUUGCAUCUUCUGCAACAAAAAAAUAAUGAAAUGGAAGAUAAAUUAGCAGAUAUGGCUCAACUCCAAAAUGAACAUGUUUGUUCAGAAAUAAAGUCUGUACAAUUAGAAGAGCAAAUUGAUGAAUUGGUAACCUCCAAAAAAGAAUUAGAGAUAGUGAUAGAAAAUUUAAAAUUAGAUAAGGAGCAAUCAUUGAAAACAAUAAAUGCUUUAGCAGAAGAUAAGGAUGACUUAAUGCACAAAUUAGAAAACAUACAGGAAAACAUGGAGUUAACAGAUAAACUUGAGAAAUUAAGUACGGAGAAGGUUAGUUCUGCUGAAUCAAUUGAAAUGGUAGAAUCGUUAACAACUCAGGAGAAGCUAGAACUCGAAGAAUAUAACAAAAAUAUGGGAACAAAACACGAUGAGAAUCAAACUGAGAUAUUUAAAGAAUCUGAAGCAGGUGAAGAAAGUAUAUCAGAGUUUGUUGAACAAAGCGCUGAAUUAAAUAAAAGAAUUGAAUUAUUAACUCAAGAAAAGCAAGCAGUAGUUGAGAAACUGAAUAAAGUUUGUGCCGAAAACAACGAAUUACAGGAAGAAAUAAAAGAACUAAACGCUAAUUGCUUAAAUUUGGCAAACAGUAUUGAAGUGCUAAGUAAAGAAAGAAAUAUCCUACAAUCAUUAAACGGUGAAUUGAAUAACCAGAUAGAAUUGUUAAAAUGCGAAAGAAUGGAAAUUAUUAAAGAAACUGUACAAAUUGAAAAACCUUUAACUAUGGAAGAAGCGACAGAAGUGACAAGUGUAGAAGCAACACAUGAUGAUAAAUCAUUUGCUGAUAAAGGCAAUAACAGAUCCAAAUCUGUUAAGCAAUUAACAAAAGAUAUUCUUAAAUUAAAAACUACUAUUAAAGAGCGAGAAGCAGAAAUUGCAGACUGUCAAAUGAAAAUAUUAUCUCUCGAAGAACAGCAAGAGAAACAAAAAGAAUUAGUGCAAAAUAUAACAUCACUUGACAACAAGGUUAAACAAUUGGUGGAUGAGAAUUCUCAAUUAAAAAGAGAAAUAGAAGCAACAAAAGUAGAUUUUGAAUCUGAUCAGCAAUACAAACAUGCAAAUGAAAUGUUGCAACAGGAAAUGCAAAAACUCCAUCAAGAAUGUUCAAUGGCAAUGAAUGCUCGUGAUAGUAGAAUACACGAACUAGAAAACCUUCUUGUUGAAUACGAGAAACAAAUGUUUAGUUAUGGAAAUAGUUUACAGCAAAAAGAUAAAGAAACCGCUGAAUACAUUAACCAAAUAACUAAAUUAAAUGAUAUUUCACAAAAAUUAAAGUCUACUAUUGAACUUUUGGAAGAGGAAAAAGCUAAAGAUCAUAAUUCAGAAUUAGUAAAAUCAUUAAAUAAAGAAAUAAUGAUUUACCAAAAGAAAUUAGGAGAGUGUGAGGAAAAACUAAGAAUUCUCGAAGAAGAAAAAGUUCAAUUGCUAUCAGUUAGAACUGGUUUAGAAAUGAAGUGUAAUGAUUUGGAAUUAGAGUUAAAACAAUGUCAAGAAAUUAUUGCAGAAAAACAGAGUACUAUUAAAGAGUUGCAGGUAAAGCAGCAGAAAUAUGAUGGAGAGCUAUCGACAGUUAUGUUUGAAGCAAAGGAACGAGAUGAAGAAAUUCAUGAAAUCAAGUUGCAACUAAGAAAAGAAUCAAUAGAAAAUGAAAAACUACGCAAUGAAGUGGAUUCAAAGUCUAAAGAAGUGGAAGAGCUAACGAAACAGUGUUGUGAACUAAAUCAAAAAGUAAAUCUAAUUUCCGAUGGUAAAGAUAAUAUUAAUGAACAAAUAAUUGGGCUAGAAAAUAAAAAUAAAGAAUUGUUAGAAAAAUUAAAGAAAUUCGCUAUAAACAUUAAGAAAAAGUCAUCUUUAUACAAUGAACUAGAGGGGCAAUAUAAUGAAACACAAAAACAACUAGAAACUAAAAAUUUACAAGUGGAGCAAUUAAUGUUGGAAGUUGAAAUUAUACCAAAAUUGCACGAGAAAAUAAAAGAGUUGGAAAAGAAAUUAGAUCAUCUUCAAAUUCAAAAACAAUGCAAUGAACAAAUAUCUGAAGAUGUUAACAAUUUGAAAACAGAAAAUCAGUUACUACGUGAAAAACAUAUAAACGCACUUGAAGAAAUAUCGAAAUUGAAUCUUUCAUUAGAUACGUCAUACAAAGAACUAAUAUGUUCUCGUGAAGAUAAUGAAAAUCUUAGAAAUCAAAUUGAAGCCUUAAAUAAUAAAUUAGUUGAAUAUGAAAUUGAACAGAAAAAUAACAGUAAUCUUCUUACAAAAAUAACUUGCUUAGAAACUGAUAUAAUUCAGAAAGAGCAUCACAUAACAGAAUUAUCGCGUCAAAUUGAGGCGUACGAACAAAAGCUUACCCAACUUCAAUUUGGACUUGAUGCUAAGGUGCAAGAGCGAGAUUUAUUUGUAGAAACUCUACAAGCUGAAAUAGACAAAUAUAAAAAUCGUAUUUGCCGUCUAGAGGAAAGCAUAUCUAUCAUGGAAGAUAGGCGCCACUCUUUGGAACGUAAAGCAGAUCAAUUAGAUACCCAAUUACAAGAAAAACAAAAAGCUUACAGUGAAUAUACGAAUCAAGAGGAUGACCUUGUAAAUCGAUUAGCGGUUCUUAUUGAUCACGAUAGAGUUGUUGAAAAACAACUUCAUGAAAUUGAAAAUGAAAACCGAGAAUUGCAAUAUAAAAUUCAACAUAUAAAUGAAGAAAAUCAACGAUUGAAAAGUUCAUAUUCUGAUAUGCUAGUCCAAUGUAACUCUUUACAAGUAAAAGCCAACAAAGCUGAUUCAGCUGAAUCUGAGGCGGCAAUGUACCAAAAUCAACUUCACGAUUUGGAAGCUAAUCUUAAACGUUUGACGACCGAGCAUCACUUGCUGUUAGCACAAAAGAAAGUAGAUAUUGAAGAGCUAGAGUCAGAAUUUAACACACAAAUUGAAAAUGCUAUUAAAGAAAAGAAAGCAUUAAGCGAAAAAUAUGAAAGAAUUAGUGAGUAUGUUAGUCAAUUAGAACAUAAAUUGCAAGAAUACCGCGAUAAUAUUGAAAACCUUAAUAUUAAUUUAGAAGAAUUAUCUGCACAGAACCAAAAUUUGAUGGAAAAAGCUAGUAACGGAAGUUCAAAUAUUGCUAAAGAUUAUACUGAACAAUAUAUCAAUGAAAUAAAUAAGCUUAAUGCUGUUGUCAAUAAAAGGAAUCAAGAAAUUUUGGACCUUGAAAGUAAAUUAAAAACUUUGCAAACAGACAAUGUUGGGCUCAUUUCUAAUUCAGAAGCUAAAAUGGCAGAGUUAUCAACUCAAUUAUCAGAUGCCACAUUACAAAUAGACAAUAUGACAAAACAACUAAUAUCAAUUACUCAAAAUAAUGAACAUUUACAAACUUUAUUACUUCAAAAGGAUGAGCAAAUAAAAUAUUUAACGGAAAGGAGCAAGGUCAUUUUUGAAAUGAAUAUCCCAAAAACAGAGGGGAUGACUAUCUCAUCCACAAUUGAACAUUUAAACGAACAAAGUGAUCUUGAGAUAGCAACCCUUCAAUCUCAAAUAGUACCCGAAUCAUUUUUGACCGAAGUUGAGCCUUUGCCUAAAAAAGUGACCGAAAAUACUCUUGUAUCUUCUAGCUCAGGUAAUGUUCAGCCUCUUGAAGAAGUGAGUGAACCAAUAGUUGUAGCUAAAAAAUCUUAUAUUUGUUAUAAAAAAGAUGAGAAUUUAAGUGAAGAAGACCCAUUUAGUUCCCAAGAGGGCUGGGGUUUUGGAGGUGAUGAAACCGAAAAUUUAACACCAAGCUAUUCGGACUUAAGUAAACAAAUUGUACAACUUACGAAAGAAAAUGAAAGAAUAAAAGGCGAAUUUGAUACAUGUAAUACAAAGUUAUUUAAAGCUCUUAAAAAGUUAAAGGAACUAAAAGCUACUAACGACAUGCUUUCAAGUGAGCUUAAAUUAUCCAAACAGUUAUCAGAAAAAUCUAUACUUGACACAGCAAUAGAAAAUGAACUAUCAUGCAAUCUUGAAGCUUUGGAGAAAAAGCUACAUGAACUAAAAAUUGAUUUAGAAAAAGAGAAGCGUGAAAAAGACGCUCUAAAAAAACAAAACGAUAUAUUUAAAAACGCUAAUGAGCGAUUGACAGAAAUGAAAGAAAAAAUGGACAACGAAUUAGAAUUAUGGAAAUAUAAUUUUAAACAAGCAAAUGAUAAAAUUUCUGCACUCCAGUGGGGCACGGAUUCUAAGGAAUCUCCUGUUCGUAAAAUUUCAUUAUCUGGACUUGACAAGGAAGAAAUUAAUAAACUUGAGAAAGAAAAUGAAGAAUUACAGUUAAUAAUUGAUGAAAUAAAUGCUGAAAAUAAGAUACUAAGAGAGAAACGUGAUGAACUCACAAACCUGGUAAAUCUGUUACAAAAGCAAAUCCAGGAAAAAUCGGUAAUAUGUGAAGAUUGCAAGAUUCUCCACAAAAAAGUAUUAGAAAUCGAGGAGAACAAUAUAUCUCUGAAGAAUGAAAUCACUAAUCUCAUUACUGAAUUAAAGGAUCUUGAAGUCAAAUAUAAAGAAAGUCUUAACAAAAAUGAACAACAGUCAAAUGACAACAAAGAAAAUCAAAGGCAAUAUGAAAUGAAGAUAGAAGAAUUGAUUAUUAAGAUGUCUGAUUUAGAAGAGAAAUAUCAUACAAUAAAUGGUUUGAAAACUCAGGCUGAUGAAACUGUUAAGUCUCUAGCUUCAGAACUUGAAACUGUGAAAUCAGAACUAUUGUUAAAAGAAGAACUUAAUUCAAAUACAGUUAAUACAGUCGAUUAUGUUGCGAUGACGGAAAGGAUGAGUUUUAUGGAGGACCAAUGUUUAAAAAUGAAAAAUAGUUUAGAAGAUGCUGAUAAAAAAAUUCUAUAUUUACAAAAUGAAAAUUCGGAGCUAAAGGAGAAACUUCAAGAUUACGUUAAACAAGUAGAAGAGUUAAAUGUUAAAGUGAAAAACCUCAAUAUUGAAAAUGAUCAAUUGCUAUCAACCGUUGCUGAAUUACGAUCGUCUAUGUCAAGUGCUGUCGAUCAACGGGGUUAUGAAAUAGCUGAAUUGUGGAAGCAGCAUUUAGCACAAAGGGAGAAUGAAUUCCAAAGAAUCGAAAAUGAACUCCGAAAUCAACUUAGUACAGCUGAAUCCAAGUAUGAACUUUUACUUGAUAAUGUUCAAUCAUCCACUCAAGAUGAAGCAAAUAAGCUUGUUGCUACUGAACAAAUAAAUUCACUGCAAAACAAGCUUCAAGAGAAAGAAGAAUAUUUAAGUAAUCUUCAAAAUAAAUAUGCUGAAGUAAUUCAUCAGUUGGAUAUGCAUCGCUCUGAGACGGAGGAUGAAAAACUACUUCUUGAAAACAAAAUACUUGUGCAACAAGAAGAAUACGAAAAGACUAUUCGGGACCUAACCACACAAAACCAAAUAAAUUCGUCAGAAUUAGAAAGUGCCAAAAACUUGCAAACUGAAUUAGCCGCAACUAAAACUGUUAAUGAUAGUUUAAACAGACAAAUUGAUGAACUGCGCACUGGUUUUGAGACGAAAAUACAUGAAUUGACUAGACAACUUCAAAUAAAAGAGAGCGAAUUGUAUCAAAAAACACACGAGUAUUCAACAGCAAUAGCAGAACGGAACGAAGAAUUCGAAAAUAUACGAAAACAGCUGCUGGAAUACGAAAAGAAAAUUGAAGAUUUGACGUUUGAAAAAGAAUCAGAAUUAGCAGUUAUAAGGUUAAAAAUGCAUGAAAACAAAGAAGAACACGAUAAAAUACAAACAGAGCUACAAGAAGAAAAGAUCAGUUUGACAGAUGCUUUAAAUGCAAAAAUAAUAGAAUGCACUAACCUUAAUAAACAAAUCAAUGAUUUAAAUGCAGUUUUACAAGAGUAUGCGACUAAAUCUACAGAAAUGCAGGAAGUCUUAGAAAAUCAAGAGUUAGAAAUAGUAUCGUUGAAGGAUGAGAUAUCAAAAAUGCAGGAAGUAAUGCGAUCUUCAAGUGAGAAAAUUGAAAAACAUGUAACAUUUUCUUCGGACACAAAACGUGACAUAGGCAGUGAUGAAACAGAAACUGUUUUUAAUAAGGACCUUUUAGAUGCAGUACCAAGAGCCGAGUUAGAUAUAGCCUUGUACAUGUUACACCAACGAGAUGUGCGCUGCGAGGAAUUAACAAUGGAACUGACUCAGUUAUUAGAAGAAAGAGAUACACUACAGUUGCGACUCUCUGAUAGCUUACGGGCGUAUGAGGACCUAAAGUCAAAGUGUAAACCUUCAGAGAUUAUUUCUUCGGAUUCUAGACAAGAUUCCGUUUCAGAAUUACCUACAUUCAGUAUAGAGAAAGAACAACACUUUGUUGAUACACAUCGCGGGAGAACAUCGCGAAGUAGUAGUAUAAGUGAUUUCGACAGCGAAAAACCUAAACUGCAAGCAAAGUUGUCAGAACUACGCAGUGUAAAGCACAGCAGGGACGUUACACUACGGCACGAGAGCGAACAAAGGCAACUUGGGAUGCGUUUGCUGCAACGUGACGUGGCAAAUCUACCACCCGAAGCAUUGGAACAACUCACACAGGCUCACCACACCCUAUCUCGGGACACACAAAGCACCUCUACUGUACUUUUGAAUUGGCUUCGGGGGAAGAGCACGCCUAAGGUAGUACAUAUGUAA